AUGCUGAGCAGAGCGCUUCUGAAAAUGGCGAGCACUCAAUGGACGCAGGCCAUCGUCAAUAUGAUCACAAGGAAGCAAGCAGUGGAUGUUCUAGUGGUUCAAGUUUUGUUUGAGGGUGGUGUGCUCUGUUGGUUAGAGCUGAUGGAUGCUGAUAAUGAGAAGCCUCGGCCUCCUCAACGUGGUUCAAGCGAACCCUCAAUGGACACAGACAAGAUGUACGCUGAUGAUAAUGAGCGCCCUUCAGAAGAUGAAGAUGGAGAGCCCUCAAUGAGCCCUUUUGGAUAUGGAUUGCCCUCAAUGAGCCCUUCUGGAGAUGGAGAUCCCUCAAUGGGCACAGGCGAUUGGAGAUUGCCGCCACAUACGAGGCGAAAAGUUGUCUACAAGAUGAUGGAGACAUUGAAGAGGCAUCUCCCUCUCUCUACUGAAGAGGGAUUACGGGUGCUCAAGAAUAUUGCUGUAAGGUUUGAGGAAAAGAUUUAUGCUAAGGCCACAAGCCAGUCGGAUUACAUACAGAAGAUUAGUCUGAAGAUGCUAACAACGCAGCCCAAGUCUCAUAACACAAUGGCCAAUUCUUUACAGUCCAACGCUUAUGAAUCAUUUUUGGCUGAGUUGGUUUCGAUUUUUCUUGAUCAAAGUUCUGAAGGUAAUAUUGACCGAAAAAAACAAAGUUCUGAAGGAUCAUCUUUUACUGAAUUGGGUCCGAUUUUUCUUCAUCAAAGUUCUGAAGGUAAUAUCGAGCACAAAAAAAAAAGUUCUGAAGUACCAACUCUAGAUUCUAUAUCCCCGACAAGACAUGCAAAUGGGGAUGACUGGCAAGAGGAGGUCUAUCAAAAGAUCAAAGUCAUGAAGGAGAUGUAUUUACCUGAACUAAGUGAAAUGUAUCAGAGAUUUGCUAGUUAUCUUCUGCAGCACAAUUCUCUUCCACAACCACCAAAAUCAAAGCAGCUUGACAAACUGAAUUUCUUCAAGACCAAGUUGGAGCGCCUCAUGUCAGUCUUACAGAUUUCCAAAAGUAGCAUUUCACCUGGUUUGAAAGACAAGUUUGUUUCAUACGAAAAGCAGAUAGUAAAUUUUAUUAAUAUAAAUAGAAGUUGGAAGCCAGUUUCUUCUCUGCAGCAAGGGCAGCUACCCUCAUCUCGUUCUGCAGCAACAAUGCAGCAGAACAAUAUGGCCAGCUUGCAGCAAAGUUCUAUGUCUUCUUUAUCUGGAACAGCGCAGCAGAACAUGAUGUAUUGGUUGCAUCCUAGUUACAAUCUGGAUUCAGGACAAGGAAAUACACUGAACUCGUUGCAGCAGUUUGCUUUGGGCUCUGUCCUACAAACUCCUGUCAGUGCUUCCCAACAAGCGAACAUGAAUGCCUUGUCAUCACAGAGUGGGGUUAGUAUACUGCAGAAUAUUUCAUCAGAGUGGACCUUUUUAACAGCCAGCUUUGUACUAGAGAUUUUGUCAGCUGCUUGUGAACAGUUAUCCUCCCGAAAUAAGCCUCAUUAUGCACAAGGCGGUUUGUUGUUUGCUAUUGCAGCUUUUCUGAUCUGCAUCUGGGAUCUUGCCGACAAAGUUAUCAAGGACAGAAGUGUAUUGAGGAGGAGGGAAAUGCUGCGCAUCCUUCAUUAUCCAUCUCCCCGUAACACACCCUGUUUCAACUUAGCUGAGUAUUAUGGUUUAGCUGGUGCCGUCUAUCAACUGUUUUCUGCAACAUUUGAGUGGUUUCAUGUCCGCAAGGGUGUUGAUAAUCCUAUAAAAUUUUCAAUUAUGCCUUUAGUAUUUCUUGUGCUUUUGGCUUGCUCUAGAGCUAGGGUUGAAAGGUAUACCAUAGAUGAGACCCUGGAAGAUAUUGUUUAA